CUAUGAUCUGCGUCAGCUAGCCGUCAUUCAUGGUGCUAUACUGCGUGCUCUUGACAGCGCAAUCGGCCUGUGAAAAAUUCCAACGAUAUUAUUUUGUUACUAAGAUAAUUUCACAACGUGUAAAACAAGUGUAUUGCGAACAUAAUAUAAAAUGCAGCAAUUAACCAUAUUUAUGGACAUAGAGAGUUCUCGGUCAUACAUCGACGAGUUGUACUCCACUGAUGGCGGGAAGAUCGUGGAAGCGCUGGUGACGUUGAAGAACACAGUGAUCGGGAGUAAUCGGCAAAAGAGUUCUGUGAUCCAGCAAGGGAUCGUGCCGCGCUUACUGCAGCUCAUGGCGGAUGAGUCUCUGGAUCCAAACAUACGAGUGGAGGCUACAAUCACUAUCGGUUCUCUAGCAAAAGGCACAGCAGAAAACGUAGCAGCAUUAGUCGAGCAAGGCACAGCAACAGUACUGGUGGAGUUACUAAAAACUGUCCCUGUGGAGUCGAAGCUUGCGGAGGCAGUGCUAUGUGCCCUGAGAAGUGUGUUCCUUUACCCACCUGCGCCUGUGGCAGCCUUGCCGGCGGAUAUGAUGCUUUUGACGAGGUUGACACAGAUAGCCCGCGAGGGCUCAGACCUCGCUCGCGGCUGCGUGGUCCGCGUGCUCUCUCUUUGGUGCAUGGGCACCGCGGAGCAGGAAGCCCUGUGCGCCGCGGGUGCGUGCGGCGCUGCGGCGGCCUUGUUACACUCCGCUCCACCUAGAGCAUUACCGGCACUUGACCUACUUGCUGCUAUGUGCUUUGAGAACGCCAGUGUUUCACAGCAAGCCAUGAAUACUAGGUAUAACGACCGAGCAAUACCAGAGCUCCUCACAUACCUAGUAUCCAGAGACAAGCCUUUACCGGUGGCCAUGGGCGCAGCCCGCUGUCUCACCUACAUGCACAGGGCGGGCGCGCUCACCGCCGACGACAGUAGAGUUGUGUUCGGAGCGUUGCCCUGUCUCGCGCGUCUCUGCACAAAGGAAAUGCCGGAGGAGAUCAGGGCCACGGCGGCGGAAACAUUAGCAUAUCUAGCAGAAGUAGACACAUCAUUACAAAGGCUAGCAGCCAUAUCCAACCACCUAAUGAGCUCUCUAGCGGACAUCGUCAACUGUAACAGCGCUGCGGCCAAACAGGGCGCAUUUAAAUGCUUCGCUUCCCUCGGUGCAAAUGAUGAGGAUAUUAGGAAGAGGAUUAUUGAGACGCACGGGCUCAUGGUACAUGUGGUCAAUGGGAUGAACAACCCAGAACCUGCGGUGCGACUAGCUGCAGUAAGAUGUUUACACUCACUCUCAAGAUCAGUUCAGCAAUUACGGACGACAUUUCAGGACCAUGCAGUGUGGAGACCUCUAAUGCAACUGCUGAGUGACUCGCCCGGCACCGAACUCCUGACCGUCGGCUCGUCCACUCUCUGCAAUUUGCUGUUAGAAUUCUCACCUGCCAAGGAGCCUAUGUUAGAUCAAGGUGCUGUAGAAAUGUUGUGCAACUUGACGAAAAGGCCAGAGGCUGCUUUAAGACUGAAUGGUAUUUGGGCAUUAAUGAAUAUGGCUUUUCAGGCUGAGCAAAAAGUGAAGCAACGCAUCUUAUCCUGCCUCGGCACCGAACAGAUGUUCAGACUAUUAAGCGAUGCGGACACACGGGUUAUAAUGAAAACGCUGGGCUUGCUACGGAAUUUGCUGUCUACAAGGCAACAUAUUGACGCCAUCAUGAGCGAGUAUUCCUCGCAGGUUAUGCAGGCGGUAAUAGUAGUACUGGAAGGGUCGUACCCCGCUGAAGUAAAGGAGCAAGCGUUGUGUAUACUUGGAAACAUCGGCGACGGCGAGAAAGCCAAGGACCUCAUCAUGGCCAACGAGGAUGUACUGAGGAAACUCGUUGAUUACCUGGCGCACCCCGAGAGCAAGCUGCAAGAGGCGGCGCUGUUCGUGGCCGGCAACCUGGUGUGGCGCGGCGAGGCGGGCGCGGCGGCGCGGCAGGCGCGGCUCGCCUCGCUCGGCGUGCUGCGCGCGCUGCAGCUGCUGCGCCAGCGCCGCGACCACCAGCUGCACGACAAAGUGAAGACGGCCCUGGCUCAGUUCAGCGAUUUCACAUAAUACCGCCGCAGCCCGAGGCGCAAGCGACCGCGUCGUGAGUAACUCGAAUCUCUCGAGUCCCAAGCUCGAGUCUCGAGUCUCAAGCCGCGAGUCCCGCGCCGGAGGUCCACAUGUGAUAGUCCACGGACAGUGAGUUUUCCAGUCAUACAGUAAUUUAGUUCUCAACGUUAACGUAAGGCAAAGUAACGACACUAAACACGAAAAGUUUCGUAUACUGACCCGCCUGUUCCUAUCUCUAUCGCACGCGUAUAAUAAUUAUAUAACUGUCUCGGUCGCACAGUGGAUUUGUCAUGGGCAGGACAGCAAUAUAAUUACGCGAGUGCGACAGAGAUAGGAACAGGCGGGUUAAUGUACGAAAUCCUUCGUGCUUCGCGUCCUUACAUUAACUAGGACUUUAAGGUAUAUUGUACAUAGCUAAGUUCGCUUAAUUGUUAUCUCGUCUUAUGAAACGUUAUUGACUAUUUAUUUUUAAUAUAAAGUUGACAUUGAAUGUCUACUCGAACCCGAUUCGAUAGGACCAUUGCCAAGGUGUUGAAAAUUAAAUUAAAUUUAUUGGCUUCAAAACUAAUUGGUACAUAUUAAUUUUUAACUAGCAGGAACGUCUGCGAACGAUGCUAUUAAGCUUAGAAUAAAUUUAAAAGUGGAAAAAUUACUGUCUUGGGUGAGACUUGCACUCACGGCCUCUGGAUCGAUACUCCAGCCCCGCAGAGCCCAGAGCACAGACACCGGCGCACAAGAGACUGGGCGCAGAGGCCGUGAGUUCAAGUCUCACCCAAGACAGUAAUUUUUCCACUUUUAAAUUCUUUGGUAAAUAUCAGAUCGUCGGGUGACAAGCAAAAGUCACUAACUAACACCAUUGAAAUUAUUGGACAAUAAACCGUGUUACAAGUGGAAUAAAGUGCAUUGUUACUUUAAUUUUUUCAUAGUAGUGACUUUUGCGUGUCACCCGACGAGAUAUUUCACUGUUUUUUUUUAAACUUUGUGAAAUAUUUAAUAAUUUUCACGUGUCCAAAAUACACGCUUUGAAAAAUUUUACUAAAUUAAAUUUUUCAUAUUUUAAACUUAAAAGUUGUUUUCAACGACAGAGGUGCUAAACCCUCGCGUACUUCAGGCUGGGUAUAAAGAAUCGUCAGUAAAAAUAAAUUAAUAUCAAUAAAUAAAGUGCAGUUAUAGUAAAUUCACCUUUCUAGUUUGUCAUGCGAAAGUAGACCUUUUCCCAAUGAUACAAGGUCUUAUAUUUUCUAAACUUUUCACACUACCUCUGCAUGGCGUUAUUCAUAAACAUUUGUCAAAUCUAACAAACCGUUAAUAAUCGUUCGUUACUAUCCGUCUUUUUGACAUUUCUGUUUGUUAGAAAGAGACAAAAUUUAACAGAGGUUGCUAAGUUUUAUGAAUAGGGUGUCUUUGCUGGUUUGUAAUUUUUACUGACUUUUUUGGCCCCGGUUUUAAAUUUAGUGAAGUAAACGUAGUCAAACUACAGUAGUGUAAUUUUUUAUCAACAUAUUGUUGGCUAUUGGAUAAUGCAAGUGACUGUAUUUUGGGUAGCUUUUGAUAACGUGGAGUUUGUCUAGACGACUGUACUCGCUAAGCUUUUCUAGGGGUAUGACAUCCUUCAAGAAUGUAUAAAAGGUUAGAGUUAGACCAAGAAAAGUCUGCAGCGAUUUUGAUAGCCCACGCAGUGCCAGUGUUAUUUUAAACGUCAAACUUCUAUGAAAUUAUAACGUAUAAAUAACACUUGCACUGCGUGGGCUAUCAAAAUCGCUGCAGACUUUUCUUGGUCUAACUCGUUAAUGCUGUACAAAAAUAUUUGGUGACAAUUGCAUGAUUAACCAAUUGUGGUAUGAAGAAUGUAUAGGUAGUAUUCUCUUUGUGAGUGAGGAAUAUUGAUAAUAAUUCGCAACUUUAAGGAAAACUUCAAGUUAGGCAGGGUUAAAAGUUUCGCGGAUAAAAAACCUUGUUAAAAAUUAAGCCAGUUCAAUCCUAAAAAUACUGAAUUUCGUUAAAUUCAGAGCUAGGCCUAAUGUUCCUUUCGAUCCGUGGAUCUUUUAGCCCCGCCCUACUUUACCAUUAAUUGAUAUUAAUAAUAAUGGCCUCUUAAUAAUACUCUAUGUUACCAAACAUUGUAAAAAUAUUCGUUUAUUUACGCUACAAGUUGAUUUGAAAGCUCAGUACAAGGGUCAUACACAUUUUAUAGUAGGUAUCCUUAACUGUAGACAUCGCAAAGUUAAGGGAAUCUCAAGCUAAUUUUUACACUGUAAGUACUCUUACAAGCGGGAUGCAUUUUUUAAGUACUUGAGACUCAAAUAAGAAAAACGGGAUACAUAUACCAGACCACAGUCGUUGGCUUUUAUUGUAUUGUCCACAGAAGAUACCUUUUUGUGAAAUAAUUUUUCAUGUCGAAACUGAAACCGAAACUUCGGUCAGACACUAUUGAAAAUACAAUUUCGGCGUGGCCAAAGGGUUUAGCGGUUUUUUGGCCAAAACCGAACCGUCAGCCAUGAUUAUAUAUAGAUAUAUUUCGUUAUUAUUAUUGAAAGUAUUGCGACACGUUAAUGUAUCAC